UUCGGCCAUCCAGAAACAAACCAGUUCGAUGACUACUAAUAGUUAUAGCCAGAUGUACUAAUACACAACAAAUCACAGUCCUGCAGAGGGGCGCGCAAAUGAGUUCCUAUUUUGUGAAUCCCACUUUUCCCGGGAGCCUGCCCAGCGGCCAGGAGUCCUUCUUGGGCCAGCUGCCCCUCUACCCGGCCAGCUAUGACGCGCUGAGGCCCUUCCCGGCCUCGUAUGGGGCGUCUAGCCUUCCGGACAAGACAUACACCUCACCUUGUUUCUACCAACAGUCCAAUUCGGUCCUGGCCUGCAACCGGGCAUCCUACGAGUACGGGGCCUCGUGCUUCUAUUCUGAUAAGGACCUCGGUGGUGCCUCGCCCUCGGGCAGUGGCAAACAGAGGGGCCCUGGGGACUACCUGCACUUUUCUCCCGACCAGCAGUACAAACCCGACAGCAGCGGCGGCGGCGGCGUGCAGGGCAAGGCCCUCCACGACCCGGGCGCAGACCGGAAGUACUCGAGCCCCGUGUACCCCUGGAUGCAGCGGAUGAACUCCUGCGCGGGUGCGGUGUACGGGAGCCACGGGCGCAGAGGCCGCCAGACCUACACGCGCUACCAGACGCUGGAGCUGGAGAAGGAGUUCCACUUCAACCGCUACCUGACGCGCCGCCGCCGCAUCGAGAUCGCCAAUGCGCUCUGCCUCACCGAGCGCCAGAUCAAGAUCUGGUUCCAGAACCGGAGAAUGAAGUGGAAGAAAGAAAAUAAACUCAUCAAUUCCACACAGCCCAACGGGGAGGACUCGGAAGCCAAGGCGGGCGAGUAGAUGCCCAAGCUUGGACCAGGCCAGCGCUGCAACCUCUGUGGGUUUGCCCUUUCUUUGCCCUUGCCCGCCUGGUCCCCAACUUCCCUCCCUGCCUGCUCCCACCCGAGAGGUUUCGGCAGCUUUAAGGCAACCCGAGAUUCGCAAGCGUCUAAUCAUUUUACAAAUUUCAAAAAAAAAAAAAAAGAAAGAAAAGAUAAAAGAAAAAAAGAAAAGAAAGCAAAACACACAAACAAGCAAACAAACAAAAACCCCCACACAGCCAGUGUCAGCGCUGGAGCGAAGCGCAUCGAUGCACAAACC